CCGUCAAAACUAAAUCCACAAUUUUCUAAAAAUAAAUAAUUACCUUCAUUCCCACCAUUUAAGUCUAAUCUCAUUUUAUUACUACCAGUACUAUCCGUAGUAAAUAUUGCAAAUUUAGAUUUCAUAGGUAUCGCUCCUUUUCCAGGUUAACUUUUUGGGAUAGCCCAUUAAUUACCAAAGUAGACUUUUCUCUUCAAAUGUCCAUAUUCAGGACUGAAAUUUUCUAAAAAGGAAUGAGGUCUUUUAAUAUAAGUAUUAGUAUAAUUUCUUUAGAAAGAAGCAAUUAAAAGCCAUUUCAAAGUAUCAGGAUCAUAGAAAUAAGCAGUAAAAUUAGUUUUAUUAUCUGCCUAAGGUUAAGCCCUUAACCAGAAUUUAUAAGUAACAUCAACUUUCCAAGGAUAAAUCAUAUAACUUUAGCCACCAGACCCUUCUCCUCCGAAUUCUUUAACUACAACAUCAUUUCCUUUUUACAAACAAAUUACCUUAUUAUCAGGCAUAAUUUCAUUUGGAUUAUCACUUUAUUAAUUACUCCAGACCGAAAACAAGAUUCUUCUUUCAGUUUGGGAAUUUACUUAUAUUCCGAAAUAACCUUAUGCAAAACCUAUAGCCAUAGCAUAUGUUCCUAUUUGAUCGUUUCCUUUAGGCACAAAUACUUCAUUAUAAAACCAUUCGAUUUCCUUUAUUGGCUCUUCAUAUGUAAAAUGCACAGAAGGACCUCUUCUUCCAAAGUGAGAAGAAAAACUUUUUUUUACAUAGUUUAAGUCUAAGUUUGAGCCAGAAACUAAUAAAGAAGUUAAUGUUGGAUAGUUUCCUUUUUGAUUAUUUAUUUAAUUAUCAGUUCCUUGAAAAUUUAUUUUCAAAUAUUGAGGUUCUUAUACUGUUAUAUCAAAGAGAGUAAUAACUUUUUGACCUCUUUAUAUUUAAAUAAUAAGGGACUUUUAAAGUUAAGGGAUUGAUACUAUGAUUUCAGCAUCACGUUAAACAUCUUCCACAUUAAGGCUUAAAGUCAAUUCACUUUUUUUGUUUACGUAAAAAUAUAUACUUAUUAUUUAUUAUUGAGUGCUCCAAUUCUAGACUCCCUUUUCAGAUAUUCUAGGGUUAUUAUUUUGUCUGGGAGAUGUCAAAAAAGAAUUCCAACCAAAAGCUACUUCUUCUUGUUAGCAUGUAGGAACAAUUAAAUAAAAUAGAGAUAAAGUUAGUAAAAUUAAAG